CGUAAAGGUUUAAGCGCAACGCGCGCAUGGCGCUCGUGGAUCGCGUUUCGUUUUCGUUGUUCCGUCAGCACGAGCAACCGCAAGCAACGGCGUUGUCUUUCCUCCUUUGGAGAAAUUUAUCUACCAACACUGCUCCUAAGACAGCCGCGUAGCCAAAUUCGUUAAUAAUUCAACAACAAAAAAAGUUUUCUUGCAUCAGCACAGCACGGUUUGCUGUGAGCAUCUUCUGUCGUGCGCGCACAUGGUGAAUCGUGCAUUGUAUGACAACGUCCAUCUUAUAUUUUAAAGACGCAUCUUACAUUUCAGGUUCCACGUGAGUGAACCGCACGUCAAAGUGGCUUCAGGCGAGGUGACGGCAUACAAAGCGUAGACCGUGGACAGACGCGGCUGCUCCGGCCAAGACCUCUCCGACAUUCCCACCGACUACACAGAACACUUGUAGGUGUUGCCGGAUCGGCAGAUGCGAAGUAGCAAGCUGGCAGCAAGAUGAAUCCAGAUGUUGAAGAACGGAAUAUCAUCAAAUUUGACCCACCUGUUUCGGUGCAGCGAUACAUGGAAGUUUGCAAGAUCCUAUCACAGGACACCACAAUUGAAAAGGUGGUUGAUUUUGGUUGCUCAACAGGGCAGUUCUUCAGGCAUCUGAAGGAAAUCCAACACAUUAGAAAAUUUGCUGGUGUGGACCUCAGCUACGGCUGCUUAGAGGAUGCUUACCGGGCAGCCCGACCUCUAGCCUGGGAAUGCAUAUACAGGCGAGCCCAACCAUUGGAUGUGCAGUUGUUUAAAGGAAACAUCUCGAUCAAAGAUCCAAGACUCUAUGCCUUUGAUGGUGUCACUUGUAUUGAGCUUAUAGAGCACUUAAACGAGAGUGAUUUAAGGAAAAUGCCUGACACCAUAUUUGGUUUCAUUCAGCCAAAGAUAGCUGUGAUCACCACGCCCAACCGAGACUUCAAUGUGGUCUUUCCAGAGUUGCAAGGAAUGAGGCACUGGGAUCACAAGUUUGAAUGGAGCAGAACUGAAUUUGAAGAGUGGUGCUCACAAGUGCUAAAAUGCUACCCUAACUACAUGGUUCACUACAGUGGUGUUGGAGAUGCACCAUCUCAGAAGUACCAAGGUGUUGGCCACUGCUCCCAGAUUGCAACAUUCAGGAGGACCUGCCAAGCCAUUAACAGGUCCGAACUGCCUUCACUGGCUUAUGAACUUGUGUUUGAGACUAGUCAUCCUAGUGGGGAUGGCUGAUGGCAUGCCGGCAUACGCACUACCAGAACAAUUCUGACGCCUCUUCCAUCGCUUUAUCAUCUUGGCUUAUGUUGCAUGAGAAGACGGCAUAGGAUCACAUCUCUGAAAAGGUCAUUGACAGGAACACUGGUGUGGCUUGUUUCUGCAUAGUGACACGAGUGUGACAUAAGUGUGGGUAAAGCAUUAUUUGUUAUGAGUGACUUCAUGUCUGUAAGUACUCUUAAAUAUUUUUUGUUGAAAAUUGUUCCUGUUAAAUUUUUAUAAAAUUUGAAGCAGUUCCUGUUUCAAGAUUAAAUCUAUGUUGAUCUGGC